GCGACUAGUGGAAGUCUAGCGUCAGCUAGCUAGCUAGUAGCUAGGCGAUUUGCUAACUAACACAUAUGGCGAACACAUAGAGCGUAACCUGCGAGUAAAUGCCACCCAAAAGAAAAGGAGCCUUGCAACUUAUACAGAGAGAAGUGGACGAAAAGGAAAAGCAGGUUGACAACCUGGUGAAGGAUGUGCGGAGUCAGGCUAGAUCCACUGAAGAGGCAUUUCGGAAAUGUCAAGAACUGCAGAUGUCAGCUGAGAACACACUAAGGACACUAAAGAAACUAACAAAGGCAGAUGAGCUUGCUCCAGUGGGAAACUAUGAUCUAAGGAAAAAGGAAGAGGAGAAACGACUGCAGAACAUCCUAGAGCAUUUGAACACACUUUCUCUGGAGCUUUCGCCUCCAGGACCAAGCAGUGUCGCAAGCAAUGUUUCCAAGACAGAUAGUGAAGAUGAGGAUGAGGACGAAGACAGUAAUGAUGACGAUGAUGAUGAUGAAGAGGAGGAGGAGGAGGAGGAGGAUGAGGAUGAGAAGCGAGCUAUGAAACCACCAUCUCAGUCAGACACGUAUAUCUACAAAGUCCUCAGUGACUUCCAAGGAGAGCAGGUUGGAGAUCUGUCCGUUCAGAAAGGGGAGGCAUUGAAGGUCAUCAGAAAGACAACAGAUGGAUGGUGGCUGGCUCAGGACUCUAAGGGCAACAGGGGAGUGGUUCCAAAAACAUACCUGAAGAUUAGCUCUGGUAUUGACAACAACGAUGAUGAUGAUGGUGAGAAGGAUGAUGAUGAAGAAGAUGACGACGACGAUGAAAACGAUGAGGAGUCACUAGAGGAUGAGGAGGAGGAAGAGGGUGAAGAGUUGGCUAAUGACCAAGACAAACAGAGCAAGGAUUUACAUUCCAACUGGUCCACUGUGAGAAAGGCUCUGACUGAGAUUGAUGCUACAGAUGUGCUCUCUGCAAUGGGUGCUAUACCUUCGGGAUUCAGACCAUCAACUCUCAACAAACUGCUGGUGGAGGAAGGUGUAACAUACAGAGGAAGUCACUAUAUUCAGCCUGCUCUCAGCCAAUCACAGCUCUCCUUUAAGGACCUCUUUCUGGACGUGGAGACUGGCAGGGUCCGGACUCGACAGGUGCGCACCUGUGUUUGUUUUACUUUGUGGAACUGCAGGAUGAUUCCUACCCCAGGGGUUGGGGUUCAGGUCCUCAGCAGACACAUCCGCCUCUGUGCCUUUGAUGGAACUCAGGUGUUGAGUAACAUCCACACAGUCAGGGCAACCUACAACUCCAAGAGCCCAAAGACGUGGAGCUUCUCUCCAAGGAUGGCAGGUAUCCUACCCAGCCUCCUUGAUGGAGACUGUUUCCUACGCUGCAGCUCUACAUCUCCUGACCUCGGUGUCCUCUUUGAACUGGGAGUCACCUUUAUACGGAAUUCGACAGGCGAGCGAGGAGAACUGAGCUGCGGCUGGGCUUUCCUCAAACUGACCGAUGAUACGGGGAACCCGCUCCCCAACAAAACCUAUGAACUGCAAGUGAAUGGUGGAACUCCAUAUGAGAAGAACGUGGCACUGGAGGCUUCAGUCAUCAAAGGAACUGGUGUUUUCCAACAGAUGCUUCAGGCCAAGCGACAGCCCAGACUGAUCAUUAAGUUGAAAUCUACCAACAGUCGGACCAGAACGCAGCUUAGUCUCCUCCCAGACACUCUGCUGCACUGUUUGAGCUGUGUCCAUCUGCUGGCUCUGCACAGACAGCUGUUAGCUGACACACUGCUGAUGGACAGGCCUACCAUGCAGAAUGCAGAUCUGAUAUGCAGCCCUGUACUUUCCACAUUUCCUUUGCUGUUGGACCAACCAGACCUGCUGGAUGCUCUCAGGGCUGCCUGGCUGGAGGCUGAGAUCAGUAUGAGCAGAGGACAGAAGAGAGAUUUGUCUUUUUUCAAAAAGGAGUUUGUUAAAGUCUACAUGUCGUCCGUGUAUUUCCUCCUUCACUCUCCCUCUCUGGCCUGUCAUCGCUGGGCCGACCCGCCCUCAGAGGAGCAGCGAGCCAAAGUCAUCUACGCCACCCUGGAUGCUCUUAAACACACCCAGCAGGUCAACGGCCAAACAGGAAGUCCAGAAGUCUUCCUUGACCCCAUGCACCAGCAUCUCGCCUUUGAUAUCACAGAGUUGACAUUUGACCUCCCCCACGUAGCACAGUAGUGAUAAUUCAUCAUCCCAAUGAUGGGUUGAUUGUUGUGUUUUAAAUUAUUUUGUACGAGGCAUCAGUUUGGCCAAAUAAAGAAGAAUAAAACCCA